AUGGGCCUGGCCCCGGCGCCGCUGCCGCUGCCGCCGGCAUCCGAAGGACAGAAGCAGCUCUUAGCGCAGGGAGAGGGGACGGGCCAGCGACUGGACGCCCUUUACAGGAUGUACUGCGGACAGCAGGCUGCGGGGGCGGCCUACGGCGCGGCGCCGCAGCCCAGGGUGCCGCUGCCCAACAGCGACGACGAGCUCGUGUACGUCAACGCAAAGCAGUACCGCUGCAUUCUGAGGCGUCGGCAGCAGCGCGCCAAGGCGGAGCAGGGGCAGAAGCUGCUGAAGACGCGCAAGCCCUACCUGCACGAGUCCCGGCACAACCACGCGACGCGGCGAGUGCGCGGCGCCGGCGGCCGGUUCCUCAACGCGGAGGAGGCGGCGCGCGUGCUGGCGGAGGCCCAGAAGGCCGGCGAGGGCGCCGGCAAGUCGCCCAGCAGCGAUGCCGCGCGGGACGAUCCUGAAAGCCAAGAAGGGGACCGCGAGGUCGAGAUGCAGCCAGAGGGGCGGGGGCGGGGCGAUCGGCAGAGCGGGACUGGCGCGUCGGGCGGUUCGCCGCCGUCGAGACCCGAAGGGAAGGCGGCAGGAAGGCAGCGCCCGGACGGUGCGUCAUCCAGGGAUGGCGGCGGGGAUGGCCAGAGCCAAAGCGGAAGUGGCGAGAUGGAGGGGCGGGAUGCGGCGCAGGGCGGGUGA